AUGUACGCCGAUGAUAUGGUCAAGCAGGAAGCUCCGUUGGUUGAGGAAUAUGUUUCUGGCGAUGUUGGGCACGCCCUUAUUCUCCACCAUUCCUAUUUGGCGCCCCUAAACGUGGUGGCUAAAGAGGACGUGGAUAAACUUCUGUUGUCGAGCGAGCAACAUCUGCAGUUGUCUUCACUCGCAUGGAUAGAACGUGGUAGUUCCAUGACGGUGGAUCGCCGUGUUUUAGUUGUGGGCGAUGUUGUUCCCAUGGACGCAUGCCAUCUUUUGUUGGGGAAACCGUGGCAAUUUGAUUGUUCGGCAGCACAUGACGGUCGUCUUAGCUCAUAUACAUUUAUGUUCGAGGGUGUUAAGAUUGUUCUCCUCCCAACACUAUCGCGUGCCGUUUUUUCUACUACUUCAUCACCAGUUUUGUUACUCUCGCGGGCGACAUUUGUUGACGAGAUGCGUGAGGCCCUUUAUGUUUUCAUAUUAUAUUGUCCUGAUGCAUCAGAUGAUCGUCUUCCACCGUCGGAUGUCCGACAUUUACUUGAAAAGUUCGCUGAUGUGUUUCCGGAGAAUCUCCCGUCCAGUUUGCCGCCUCUUCGUGAUAUUUAG